AUGGCAGCCCGUUUCGUCGGCCUGCAUAUGCGGGUGGUUCUGAGGGAGCCUGCUGGGUACCAGGUAACUGGUACCGUGAGAGAUGUCGAGGCUGGAAGCAGCCUGACCCUGAUCAACGUGUUCGUGGCGGGAUCGAACGAGUGGUCGCCCGAGACGAAAAUCGAUGCGAGCAACAUCGCCGACCUCAGUGAAGUCAAGGUAGACCCCCAGCAAGCCUACUUUGCCUCCGCGCAAGCCCCAGAACCGGUGGUCAGCACGCCGACGCAGGCUUCCCACCCCCAUCUCGAUGACCCUGCCAUCCUCAGCGUCAAGCGGCCUACACAGCCAGCAGUGGCUACGAGCUUCCCUAGCGAAGGGGAGCUAUCCCCGACUCUGCUGGAAAUGCUCGACGGCAGUGACUCACCAGGUGUGCUGCAGGGCAUCCACGUGAACCGGCGGCCGAGGUCACAGUCUCCAGCCGUCGAGGUCGCAGGGCAUAUCCCGUUGGAGCGCCUGCACUUGGUAGAGGCGGCAGCUGGGGUAGAACUCACGAAACCGUCGGACUCGGAAGAACCCACAAACAAUGCAAAGUCACAGCAGCGAAAACGAAGAAGGCGGCCCAAGAAGCAGGUUAUCCCACCGGGGCAGGAUUCGGACACAGCGCUCGAGCAUUCCCCAGCGAGUAAGCCACAACCGAGCGGCCGAGGCAAAGGUUGGAGGCAGACGCCGAUGUUGCAGAGCACGGCAGCGUUUCAACCCUUCACAUCGUUGAAGCGUCUAUCGCGGGGGCGGAAAGGGAACGGAGACGGGAAUGGCUGGGCCUCGGAGGAUGUGACGGAGGAAAUGGGCGAAUUUGAUUUCGAGAACAACCUGGCCAAGUUUGACAAGCGGACCAUCUUUGACCAGAUGCGGAAAGAGGAUCAGAUCGACGAGGGCGACCGACUCGUCUCCCACAACCGCCGACCGAAGCCAGGGACGAACGGAGGCAAGAAUCUGCAUUACACGGAAAACGUGCUUGAGAUCCCUACCGCCAUCGCUAAGAACGCCGGCUUCUGGAACAGCGAGGCGGACGACCCGCAUGCUGUCAACAGCGGCGAGAGGAACUCUGGCCGGGAACCCAGAGCCUCCAGUCUGCGUAGGAACGAGAGUAAGCGCGGCGUCUCACGGCGGUCACAGUCCCGCAAGGCUAGCCAGGUGGUCAUUGGCGCCCAGCCACUGUCGAGGGUGAACUCCGCGGUAAGUGAGAUGAGUAUUCUUGUGCGCCGGAGCCCGAUUGUCAAUAGAAGGAGAAGUGGCUUGCAUACUGACAGCAACCAGCAACGAUCGAAUCGCCCUGGGCUAUACGUCAUCUCCUCCAACCGUCGACUGGAAACGAUAUCCUCGCUACAGAUGCUGAACCUCGAGAACAUUGCGGCGAACGAGGUUGGGUUCACGGAGGAUCUCAUGGCCGAGAACUCGGGGCGAGGGAUAGCUGAAGUAGCCCUGCGAGCUCUUGCCGAUCCGGCCGUUAAAGUGCGGUUCGAAAUGGCCGGCUGCGAGGCGUCGCUGGACAACUCGACGACGGUGAUUCUGGCAGGUAACAAUAAGUCGAGCGUGCGGGCAAUGGCGGCGGCUCGGCACCUCCGCAACAGGAACAUUGAUGUGGUUAUUUGCAUCGUGGGAAUCGAGCGGGAACGUGAUCUGCUCGAGGAUCUCCGACGGCAGAUUGACCUUUACAGAGCCUUUGGUGGGAAGGUGAUGAGCAAGACGGAAUUCUUCGAGUACCUACGGAAGAACGCUGCGUCGGGGACUCGGAUACCCAUCUCACUCAUCAUCGAUUCCCUGCUAGGCCUCACCAUGUCGUUUGAGGAGCUGCGGGUCGGUGAUCAGGCUACCGUGUACGAGCUCAUGGAGUGGGCGAACCGGAACGAGGCGUUUACGCUGUCCGUAGACAUCCCGUCAGGCAUCGACCCGACCUCGGGCAAGAUUGCCAUCAUAGAUGGAACGCCACUUUUCGUUAAGCCACGAUAUGUGGUAGCUAUCGGAGCGCCAAAACGGGGCCUUCUCGAAGCCGUCACGCCUCCUGACGAUGACGACGAAACGGCUUCAGUCGCCCACGAGGACAACUGGCGACUGUUCGUUGCCGACAUGGGCCUGGGGAGCUCGGUCUGGCGAAAAGCAGGAACGAAGAUGCGGCGGGGCAUCGAGUUCAAUGGGAACUGGGUGCUCGAGAUGCAGUACCGCGCCUUCGGCCACAGCUCCGGCGAAUGA